AUGAUUAUAAACUAUGCCAUAUGUAAAAAACAUAAUAAUUUUUUUCCUUCCAAAUUUCUUUCAGAUGUAUCCUAUUUAUGCCGUUGUGAUGCCAGUUCACCUGAUGCUUGUAUAACACUACUUCCUACAGAUGAACCAAAAGAAUGGAUACGUUGGUUAGAAACACCAUGUGGUCGAUUAGAUGAACAAAAAGGCUGUGAUCGUUUAACCGCUAAUCAUUUUCGUGUAUUACCUGCUGCAAAUCUAUGCAGUACUCAAUUUAAUGCGGGUGAUAUGAUAUUUGAAUGUGAAGGUUUACGUGUUGAAUUGUAAGCCUCAGUAACAACGACAACGUAUGAGAUUGACUUAUACCACUCACUGCUCAUCGUCGAGUCAGAUGAAUGAUGCAAUCAACAUUUGUGUUUGAUUUUUCUCAAAAAAAAAAAAGUCAUACUUGCUUUUGUGUUUUGCUAAAAACUAACAGAACAAAAAUCAAAUAAAAAUUGUUAUUUUCUCUCUCUCUCUCUCUCUCUGUGUUGCUCUCUUUCAAAUUCCUCACUGCCGCCUCAAAUGAUUUACAAUCGCCUCAUAGUUGUAUCAUUCACUCUAUCGAUUCCGCAAAAAACCUGUACGCUAAUUUAUUCAACAUCACAAAUGCUGCAUACCUCAUAUACACACACAUAUUGAUUUUUGUGUUGAUGAGGGUUGUGUUGUUGUUGGUGGUGUUUCUGAUUUUUUGUCCUUGCUUGCCAUUCCUUCAAACUGUAUUCACGUACAAAUGAUAUUGUUAUCAAUUGUCGACAGUGUCUAUUCUCUUUAAUGCUUCAUAAUAUCGACGAUGUGUUGUCCGACGGGAGGAGUAGUAAUCUAUCUAUCUAUCCGCUGAUGAAUUCACCAAGGUCGAUCUUUGCAAUCUCAACUAUUUUCAAUUCACUGAAUUUCGGAAUAUGUUACACAACGAACGAUCUAAUCUAUCUAUCUAUCCGACUUAUAAUCAUGUCAUAUAUUAUCAUUGUUUUUCUUUUGCUGAUAACGUUGAACAUUGAAAGAUAUGUAACACCUUCUUGAACUGUGAAGAACUUACUUGUUCACAAGUUGACUGUACUUUCUUGCAUGUUUCACAUCAUGUCGCAUCAUCUUUUAUCUUAUUGUAUUACAUAGACACUCACACACACAGACUGUAAUUUCUUUUUUUAUCUCUAAAAGUUUAACUUUUAUUUUAAACACACACUGGGCUUUGAUUUUGUUUUAAUUUGUCCUCUUUGUUUGUUUGUUUUAUUUUCCGGUUUUUCUGUUCUUUUUUUUUUAAUUUGAUGAAUAAAACAACCAAAUCAACGUUCAAUAUUAUUGAUUCAUCGAUCGAUAUUUUUUUUUCAUUUUUUCGCGCUUAAUUUGUUCAACGUUCAAUUUUCUCAGUUGAGUUGAGUUGAGUUGAACUUUUUUUUCUGUUUUAAAUAUCCAGUGGUUUACCAUAAGUUAACUUUUCCUUUUUACUCGUAAAAUUUACUUGUCCACUCAACACUAACAACACUGACAACAAAAUGCUUGCUAUCAAAUUACUCUCUAUGCCUUCUUCAUUUGUGUUUGUCAUCUUAGCUAGCUGCUAGCUAAAUAGCCUACUCGAAUUCUCGAUAUCUAUAUUUAUAUAUAUAUGGACAUUUGUAAUUGCGACAAGAGAUUUUUCGAAAAAUGCAACAUUUACUUGAAAAUAAUAUCAAUUCAUUGCUUCAUUGUAGAUGUUUAUUUCUAUUUUGUUCUGUUGGCUAUAACUGUUACUGUUGCUUGCUGUUUUCGCGCUUAUCAUUUGUAUUAUUAAUGAAGUUUCGUUUUUGUGUUAUUCCUUAUGCGGAUACAUUCAUUAUGUCUGAAAGACGAAAUUUUCACAAACAUUCUUUUACCAUCUAUGUGUUAAAACAUGAAUGAAGAAGAAACAGCCGGGGGAGAGGUUGUUAUGUAUCAUUUCGGUUGAUAAAAAUAGUGUCAUAUGUUCUUCAUCAAGUACAGUGUGUUUUUAUUUUUGAAAAUUUUCUUUCAGGAACAGUAAAUACACAUCGUUCUUGAAUGAUCUGUGUGUGUGUGUGGAUGGAACAAGUAAGAAGUAUGCGUGGUUUGUAAAUUGAAUUGCAUACACUAUGUAGAAGUAGUUCAUUACCUGGAAAUGCAAAAUGUUU